UGCGCGGCGGCGGCACCGGGAGCGGCGGGGGCUGGGGCGCGUCGGCCCCGCAGCUGCCGCUCGUUACGCUCCACUCCGCUCGGCCCCGCUCCGCCCGGUCCGACCCGGCCCGGCCCAGCCCAGCCCAGCCCUUAACAGCGGCGCGGUCCCGGGACGCCGUAUGUGAGCCGAGAGGGCAGCGCUUCACCGCCCCGCACCGCCCCCGCGCACCGGCACCGCACCGGCACCUCCACCCCGGCACCGCCGAGCUCCGGAGCAACCGGCACCAGCACCCCCACCCUACCCCACUCGUCCCCGGCACCCCACCAUGAGCAACCUCAACAAGGACACCGAGCACACCAACGGCAGUGCCAACGUCGAGGAGGAGGUCCGGACGCUGUUUGUCAGUGGCCUUCCCGUGGACAUCAAGCCCAGAGAGCUCUACCUGCUCUUCCGACCAUUCAAGGGCUAUGAAGGAUCACUCAUCAAGCUGACCUCAAAGCAGCCAGUUGGGUUUGUGACCUUCGACAGCCGAGCUGGUGCAGAAGCAGCAAAGAAUGCCUUGAAUGGCAUCCGCUUCGACCCCGAGAACCCCCAGACCCUGCGGCUAGAGUUUGCCAAAGCCAACACGAAGAUGGCCAAGAGCAAGCUGAUGGCCACACCAAACCCCACCAACAUCCACCCUGCCUUGGGGGCACACUUCAUUGCACGAGACCCCUAUGACCUGACUGGAGCAGCUCUGAUCCCCGCGUCCCCAGAGGCAUGGGCUCCCUACCCGCUGUACACCACGGAGCUGACCCCUGCCAUCCCCCACGCAGCCUUCACCUACCCGGCAGCUGCCGCCGCCGCCGCCGCCCUGCACGCCCAGAUGCGCUGGUAUCCUCCCUCUGAAGCCACCCAGCAAGGAUGGAAGUCUCGUCAGUUCUGUUAGUUUGUUACGCCUCUCCUUGGCUUGUGUUCCUCUUCCCUGCUCUCCUGAGGCAUGUGCCAGGGACGAUCGCUCGGACUCCUCUUGCUUUGGUUCGUGGCCAGUGGACAAGGCACCCUGAGUGCUCCCCACGGGGCUGCCAGCAUCCCCCCUCCCAGACUGUGAAGCUGCCACAGCCCUCCUGCCGUGGGCCGUGUGCUGCCUCCAUCCAACCACCCAUCCUCCAUCCUCAGGAUCUCCUCCCCAGCUGAGCUUCGCUGACUCCAAGCCGUUGCGGAGUGGCGGUGCUAGGUCCUGGGCUCGUCCUGGGCUUUCCCUGGGCUCACCCUGCCCGGGGGUGGGGGGCUGGGCUGAAGGAAAUCGAAAGGCAAAAAUGGGUUUUUUUGCAUGUUUUCUGGCAUGAAUUAAAACACUUAACUUGUGUCUCUGUGAGUGUAGAGUUUGUUUGUUCUAGCCUUUGUGUAACCGUUAGCAACAGGUCUCGGCCAGUCGGAUCGAUCCACCGAGGUUUCUCUUCCUGCUCCGGUGAAGACUUGGCUUGGACAAAUCCCGUCCUUGUCUCACCCCUUCUCCCUGCCCCGCCCUGCCCUCCGCACUGCACCCGGAAACAAAAACAACCCGAGAAGUCUUUUACUUUCUUUGGUUUUCGGUUGUUGGGUUUGGUUCUGCUUUCCACCCUCCGAGUUUGCUGUGCUGGGUUUGGGUUUCUGUUCUGGUCCCUGCCCCUCUGCUUUGGAAGGUGGCUCGGAGCGGUAGGGGUGGGGUUUGUCCUGCCCUCCUCCUUCAGCCUCCUCUCUCCAUCUUAACAGCUGUUUCUAGAAUCUUUUGGGGUGGUUGUUUUUUUCCCUCCUCUUUUUCUGCUGCUGUUAGUUUUGUUUUGGAUCUUUUUCCACAUCCCUCUGAUUGAUUGGAGAGCAUCCAGUCCUGCCAAAUAAUCAGCCACAUCCUUAUGGGAAUACUGAACAACAAGGAAAAAAAGUAAUAAUAAUAAAGUUAGGAGUAUUUUUGUACCAUGUGGAAUAAGGAAAUAUUUAUGCAUCAUAAAGGAUUUCUGCUGUGUUUGUGUGCAAUUAAUUAUUAUUGAUGAUGAUGAAAGAGAAGUUGUAAUGCUGUAAGAUAAGCCUAACGUUUAGUUAAAGCUUGAGAAGAGAAGGGGUUUGUCGUCUCGUACCCAUGGCUCAGUCAGGCAAUAGUCGAUGAGAAGUUGUGCAAUUUGAUUUCUUUCUUUGUUUGGGUUGGUUGUUGGUUGUUGUUUGGUUUUGUUUUUUCUUAGCAUCUUCUGGCUUGGCCUUUGAAGUGCUCUGAGUAUUACCUGACCACGGCUGUCUGGCUCGUAGCAAAAAGGUUUGAGAGUAAGUUGCUCUAACAGUGCUGAUCCUAUGAGAAUGUGAAACUGGAUAAUGUAUGAACUGCAACAACAACAACAACAAAUAUACCCAGAGGCUGCUGUGA